AUGUCUGAAUUACAGAGCCUUAAAAAGGCAGAAUUAAACGAAAUCUGCCAUAGAUUGGGAAUUCAUGCUUUAAGCAAAGAUACAAAGAAAGUAUUGAUUGAUAAAGUCACAGAAUACAUCGCCAAGAAUGGUGAUGCUGGUGUGGAAGCUGUACAAGCUGCACUUGAUGCUGAAAUUGAUGAUACUGAGACUUUGACCGAACAGGUGGAAGCCGCUGUAGCAGCCGCUGAAGCUGAAGAAGAUGAAGAAGAAGAAGGGGACGAUGAAGACGCUGAAGAAAAGGACGCAGACUACCAAGAAGGUCCACCAUUGGACCUCAAGGCCUACAUAGUCGAUCCCGCAAUCCAAUUCUACGAAGACUCCCUUGCUAAAGUCUUGGAGCUUACUGACAGUGUCGGAAUUACUUCAGUUGAUAUUAAUGGGGAAUUGAGAGAAAACUUAUCCAAAUCGGUCACGUUGAACUUCUUAGAACUUGUAGUUGAAUUUGGCUUCUACUUAUACUAUUUUGUCCCUUUGGUUGCAAUUAAGAAUAACGAAUCAAUCCACCAAAUCUUCAAGGAUAACAUACUGUUCUUAGCUGAAUCCGAUUUUGAAAUUCCUGAUAUCUCAGCCUUGUUUGCAUAUGGUCCAUUGGCUACCUUUUCCUCCUGGUUGAUCAUUGCCGUGAUUGCUCCUUUAAUUGCUUCUUACUACAUCAAUUUCACUAGAAGAUUGAUUACUUUCGAAGAUGAUACUGAAUUCUUUGCCAGAAUUUACACUAGUGACCCAUUCACCUUUGCUUUAAGUAAAUUGCUUUUCUUUUACUUCUUGGCUACUUCCUACCACAAGGACUUCUCUAAGUCUGAAGGUUUUUUCACCUUUGUCUUCAACCACCUUAUCCUUCAUCAAGAUUAUUUCCAAAAGUUUGCCACAGUCUUGGGAGGAUUUCCAAUCGUUAUAGGAUUAGCCAACGUUUUGGUUGCAAUCUACUCUCAAUUUGAAGAAUAUUAA